GUGGAGCGAACGGCAGCUGGAGGAGGAGCGACAAUGUAGCUGGCUGGGCUGGCUCGGCCAGCUCUGGGGCAGGCAUGGAGGUGGCGCAGCAAGUGGGCAGCCCCGGUAAUGAAGGGGACGCUGGGGCAAGGACCUUCCUGGCAAAGCGCAUGCUUUGCACGCAGAAUGCCAAUCCCUGGCACCUCCGAUGUGCGAAAGGUGGCCGAUUUGGGCAUCAGCUGCUGAGGCAGCCCCGAAACAGAAUCCGAGUGGUGCCGGUUAAGGAGCAUUCUGACCCCUUGUUCCUAUGUGGCAAGUGGGGUGCCUGGGACAGGACUGGAGCUCCGGUAGUUAGUUCUGCCAGGACCUGCCCACCUAUGAGGCCAAGGGAGCAUAGCUGUCAACGUUUCCCUUUUUAAAAAAAGGGAAAUUCCCUUAUUCCGAAUAGGAUUCCUCGCAAGAAAAGGGAAAAGUUGACAGCGAUGCAAGGGAGGCAACUGCCUCAGGCGGCAGGAUCCACAGGAGCGGCAAAUCCCAAUGUCGAUCUUUCUCUCCCCCCUGCCCCCCAUUCUUGAUAAUAGCUCUUCACUCACUCCUUUCCCUGGCGGGGGGGGGGGCACCAGUUUGCCAUCCGCCUUGGGUGCCAAAAUGUCUUGGGCCAUCCCUGAGUUCUACUAUGAAGGGAGGUGAGCCAGGAAACUAGGCCCUGAGGUUCAGGGAUGCAUUCAGUCCCUCCACCCCAAUAUCUGACUGUCCAACAUGCUGCCUUAUUCUGUAAACUCCUGGCUCACUAGCUAACUAGCUGCCGCUUUGUUUGCCUCCUACUUGAGAAACUAAGCCAGGAAGAAGGCUUGCUCUUAACUCUGCUCUAGGUGCAGGCAGUCUACUCCUGCUAAACUGGGGGUUGGGGCACUUGUGUGCCUUUUCAAUUGCAAAUAAAUCAACCACAGAGGUGCUGAGGGAAGGGAGGAAGCUGUGUGCAGGUUUCUGUGCAAUCUGCAUAGGAACAUAUCAAACUGCCUUAUACCAGAUCAGACCAUUGGUCCAUCUAGCUCUGUACUGUCUACACUGACUGGCAGCAGCUCUCCAGGGAAUAUUCCCAACCCUACCUGGAGAUUGAACCUGGGGCCUUCUGCAUGCAAAGCAGAUGCUCUUCCCACUGAGCCCAUUCCCCACCAUCUAGAUUGAUCUAGAUUCUGAAGGGGCGUUGGAAACUGUUAAAAAAUAGAAUGCUUCUAAUUUAUUAAAUAUAUAAAGAAUAAAUAAAUACUUGAUUAAGGCUGCAGUCCAAACCCCACUUUCUUCAUAACUGAGCCCCAGGGAAUUCAAGAGGACUUGCUUCUAAGUAGAAAUGGUUGUGCUUGCACUAUAAGGUAUACCUAGAGUAAAGGUAAAGCCCUGACCAUUAGGUCCAGUCGUGGCCAACGCUGGGGUUGCGGCGCUCAUCUCGCUUUAUUGGCCGAGGGAGCCGGUGUACAGCUUCCGGGUCAUGUGGCCAGCAUGACUAAGAUGCUUCUGGCGAACCAGAGCAGCGCACGGAAAUGCCGUUUACCUUCCCACCGGAGUGGUACCUAUUUAUCUACUUGCACUUUUUGGGGUGCUUUCGAACUGCUAGGUUGGCAGGAGCAGGGACCGAGCAACGGGAGCUCACCCCAUCGCGGGGAUUCGAACCACCGACCUUUUGAUCAGCAAGUCCUAGGCUCUGUGGUUUAACCCACAGCGCCACCUGCGUCCCUCAUACCUAGAGUAGACCUGCUGAAAUCAGUAGACUUCUCAAGGGUCUGCUCUGAAUAUGUCUAGCAUUGGAUUUUGUCCAAGCUUAUGUGGAAAAUGCCAGUGUGAAUCCAUCCUGACUCUUACGUUCUCUUCUUUAUUGCAAGGAGUUUCCAAGUGGGACAUCCGCCAUAAAAUUUGGGACUACAUGGAAGCAAAUAACUUGGCUGAUUUCCCAAGACCUGUCCAUCACCGGAUUCCCAAUUUCAAGGUAUGACAGCAUGGCCUCCAGGUGAAAAUUAAAACACACAUCAUCUAUUGGAACACAUUCCUGCUUAUUCCUACAGAGGAAGGCUGUCAAUGGUUGGGACAGGUUUUGACAAAAUACUGACAGUGAGUUUAUUGAGUAACAUGGCAUCCGGUAUCACCUGCAAAUUUCAUUUGGCUUCUGCAUGCGGCCCUUGAAGCUUUUUGGGGCGGCCCUCUGCAACAUUUGAUGCCCCUCCCACAGCCCUUGUGAUGCCUUCCCAAAGCCAGGUAAGUGAGGCAGUAGGCUUUGGGAGGCAUGAGGGCUCUGACAGAGUCCUAGAGUCCUUCCGCCUCCUUCCCAAAGCCUAUUUAGUGUUUUUUCCAGCUUUGGGAAGAAGGUGGAAAGCCUCCAGGAUCCUGCCAGAGCCAUGCAUCUCCUUCCCAAAGCCUAGAGCAGGGGUCAGCAACCUUUUUCAGCCGUGGGCUAGUCCACCGUCCCUCAGACCUUGUGGUGGGCUGGACUAUAUUUUGGAAAAAAAAUAUGAACAAAUUCCUAUACCCCACAAAUAACCCAGAGAUGCAUUUUAAAUAAAAGGACACAUUCCACUCAUGUAAAAACAAGCUGAUUCCCGGACCGUCCACGGGCCGGAUUUAGAAGGCGAUUGGGCCACAUCCGGCUCCCGGGCCUUAGGUUGCCUACCCCUGACCUAGAGCCUUUCUUACUCAGCUUUGGGAAGGCAGCGUGUGGAUUGUGGGGUCAUCAAAUUUUGGCUUUGCCCCCUCCCCCCCACUGUGUGACAAGGUAGUGUGCGGCCCGCGGGUUCUGUGUCAAAGUAAUCUCAUGGUCCACUUGGUAUGAGAAGUUGGACCGCCCUGUUCUAAGGACUAUAGCUCAGUGAUCAGAACAUCUACUUUGCAUGCACAAUGUGUCAGGUUCAAUCCCCAGCAUGCAGGGCUGGCAAAGAGCCCUGCCUGAAACCCUGGAGAGCCACUGUAGACCAGUCUUUUUCAACCUUGAGUCCACAGGUGUUGCACUACAACUCCCAUCAUCCCUGACCACUGGUCCAGCUAGCUAGGGAUGAUGGGAGUUGUAGUCCGACAACAUCUGGGGACCAAAGGUUGCGAAAGGCUGCUGUCGACAGUACGGAUCUAGAUGGACUGACUUGGUAGAAAGCAGCUUCUCAUGAUCCUAAGGGCUAAGCCUCUUCCACGUGUCGCUUCUUAUGAGAGAUCUCUUACCAAAACAGGAUGCACCAUGUGCUUCUGCAAGGCUUCCUGAUUUGCAGGAGUUCCAAAGUGCCAGGACUGUUAAGGUCAACCCUGAUGCCCCCCAGAAGAAUGCCCGCUUUUUAGCUCUGGAAGUGAGUAUGCUGCUUUCCCCACUUUCUCCCUGGUGCAGGGAUCUUUCGAGAUGAGCUGCUCCGCCCAAGCAUGGGAUGUCUUUGAUAAAGCCAGGGAGGUCAAGGUGGAUCCUGACAAACCUCUGGAGGGAAUCCGGCUGGCUGCGCUGCAGGUAACCAGACCUUUGCUCCCAGAGGCGAUUUCGUAGGCUCAUUUUUGUGUGAACACCCCCUAUCUCCUCUUCUCCCAGGCCAGGAAAGCUCUCUUGGUGCCAACCCCACGCCUGCGGACGGGGCUGUUCAACAGGAUCAUCCCUCCCCCUGGAGCAACCAAAGAGAUGCUAAGAAAAUGUGCCACUUCUCAAGUAAGAAUGGCAGGGAGGAGGAAGCAAGAACAGGGUUUUUUUGGUUAACUGAUUUCUACUGUGCUUCAAAAAGACUGCUGAGCAUCAAUGGGACUAGCUAGAAGGCGAUUGAAAAGUGAUUUAGUUUGCUAGAUGUUUCUGUUUCCUCACUUUCUUGAUUUUUUUUUGUAUUGGUAUGUGCAGACUGCAAAGCAUUUCUACCAUUCCAGGCCAAAUCAACAGCAUCCCCUAUAAGGAAUGGCUUGUUGCUAUCUUGUAGGUCGUAAAGUGGGGUUUUGGCGCCCUCCAGCGCUGGAAUGCCAAAAGCAGGCAGGCGUUAUGGGAUAUAUUUUCCAGAGGAGUGCCUGUGUUAAUCUGUUGCAGAAAAACAAACAAACACAGGAUCUUGUUGCAGUGCCUUUUAAAGAGCCACAGAUUUAUCCCAUGGCAUAAGCUUUGUGGGCUAAAAUCCACUUUGUCAGGUGCAUGUAGUGUGUUUAACCACACGGGACUAGGACCUGGGAGACCAGGAUUCAGUUCCCCAAUCGGUCAUGAAGUUCACUGGGUGGCCUUGAGGCAGUCACUGCCUCUCAGCCUUGGCUACCUCACAGGGUUGUUGUGAGGAUAAGAUAGGGAGGGACAGAACCAUGUACACCAUCUUAUGCUCCUUGGAGUAAAAGGUGGGAUAUAAAUAUAGUCAAAAUAUUAUUAAUAACUAAAGCGUUACUUACUUAGUAGUUAGUUAAUAGGUUCACAUACGUGUACAUAUAUACAUACAUAUAUUGGUGUAUAUUCUUAUAGGCAGUGCUGUCAAAUGGAAUUAAAUGUCAAAAAUGCAGUCUCUGUUUAUAUUCACACCAUACAUUUUAACAGUCUUGGAGAAUCCUGGGAACUGUAGCUUGUCGAGGGUGUGGGAACUAUAGCUCUGUGAGGUCAGCACCCUGCGAGUCCAGCACAAACGAUAAUUCCCAAGGUUCCCCAUGACUGUUAAAGUGGUAGGAUAGUGCUUUAAACAUACAAUGCGGAUGUGAACAAUUUCACUAUAAGUUUAAAUGUAAUCAAGAUGACCAUCCGCUGUGGCAGAAACUGAUAGCAACAUAACUCCAGUGGAACAGGAAUUCAUGAUCACAAUGGAAGCUGCAGGUGACAGAACUGAACUGCCUGAUUAAGUUGUCCUUCGGCAGCCUUGUGCUGGAGACCUCCUUUGAAGCUCCUUUGUUCGAAAAUGAGCACGUUCAGGUCAGCGGCAGAACGGAAAACCUGGCAUUUCUGAAAUUGGGUUUAGGAUGGGAUUUCCUCCAAGCUGACGUUCCCAAUUGCUUGAGAAUCCCAGAAGAACAACUUGGCUGGCUUCCAAGAAGAGAGCAGGACCGGCUGUGCUGGAUAGAGGAGGCUUCUGUUCUCUCUCAAUAGACUGUUGUUUGGUGGUUGGGGAGUUUGCAAGGGGGAGAGAGAAGGGAGCAAUUCAGGCUGACGGUGAGCAACCACGCUUCUCUUCCUCCUCUCUUUCUUUUUCCCCCCAGGGCGUUCGGGAUUACAGCGUACCCGUUGGGCUGGACGCAAAGGUCUACGUGGACCUGGUUGUGGUAGGAUCUGUGGCUGUUUCUGAGAAAGGUACUUGGCAGAAAACCAUGUGGCUGGGAACUUCAGCCAGAGGGAAGCUGCUGAAACAAAUUCCAGAUAGCUAAGCCUGGGCAGAUUAUCUAAAUGGAAUAGAACCUCCAUGUUUAGUGGCAGUAUAUCAGUUGGUGGGUGGGAAGAUAGUGAGGGAGGGCUGUUGCCUUCCUGCCCUGCUUAUGAGCUUCCUGGAAGUGUCCAGUUGGGAAGAUGGACAAGGUGGGCCACACCACUGAUAUGAUCCAGCAAGGCUCUUCUUAUGUUCAUAUUAGUCAUUAUACUUGAGAUCAGAGCCCCAUAUACCAAGGCAGUAUACCCCCAAGUUGGAUAGCAACAUAGGAAGCAGCUUCAUAUCAAGACAGGCCGUUGGUCCAUCUAACUCAGUCUUGUCUACACGGAUUGGCAGCAGCUCUGCAGGGUUAUAGACAGAGAACAUUCCCAGACCUUCCUGGUGAUGCCAGGGAUUGAACAUAUGGGGUCUUUUGCAUGCAAAGGUGGGUCACGGGUCUGAAAAGACCACAGUGUAAGAUCAUGAUCUUUGAGCAGUUGUGACUGGUGCCCAUUGGGAGCUGUAGAGCCGAAGGCAGGGAGGUUGACAGCAGGUGGUGCCAGAGCCAACAGCAGGAAGAGCCCACUAAUUCUAGUUUUGUCCCAUCCUCCUCCUGCUUGCUGGGUUCUACAAGGGCAAUACUGAGACUUAACAAACGGGGAAGCUGACAGGCUGCAGCACUCCCAGAAAAGUUGUAAGAAGGCAGGCAGGUAGGGACUGGCUGAGGGCAGGCCAAGGUUGCUAAAACAGUGCCCCAUUCACCCUGACAAGACCAGCCUACACUGUCUUUGAGUUGUGGUUUGCAACAAGGAAUGUCUGUUGUUGUUGUUUAGUCGCUUAGUCGUGUCCGACUCUUCGUGACUCCAUGGACCAGAGCACGCCAGGCACUCCUGUCUUCCACUGCCUCCCGCAGUUUGGUCAAACUCAUGCUGGUAGCUUCGAGAACACUAUCCAACCAUCUCAUCCUCUGUCGUCCCCUUCUCCUUGUGCCCUCCAUCUUUCCCAACAUCAGGGUCUUUUGGGGAGUGUCUACCAACCACAAAAGGAGGACCAAACAAAAUAAAUAAAAAUUCCUUCCAGUUGCACACAAAAGCUCAUACCAAUAGCAAACUUAGUUGGUCUCUAAGGUGCUACUGGAAGGAAUUUUUAUUUAUUUUGUUUGUUUUGACUACAGCAGACCAACAUGGCUACCUACCUGUAACACAAAAGGAGGAGUAAGAUAUGAGGUGGUCAUAUUUGGGAGCCAGUGGAGCAUCAGUAUCUUGGCUAGAUGCAAGGCUACUUUUUUGCAACGUCAAAGUUUUAAUUCUGAAUGAAAGUCAGCAGCUGAUUUUUUACUAUAAUGUAAGAACACUAGAAGAGCUCCCUGGAUCAGGUCAGUGGCCCAUCUAAUCCAUCGUCCUGGUUCUCACAAUGGCCAAUCAGGUGCCUCGGUUGGAAAGCCUGCAAGCAGGGCCCAAGCACAAGAGCACUCUGCCUUCCUGCAGUUUCCAGCAACUGGUGUGGAAGCAUUGCUGCCUCUCACCAUGGAGGGCAGACCGUAACCAUCAUGGCUAGCAGCCACUGAUCACGUAUCCUGCAUGAAUUUGUUCAGUACUCUUUUAUAGCCAUCCAAGCUGGCUCCUGUGAGAGUUAGUUGAACUAUACAGACCUCAUUAUAAAUAAAAAAGGCAAUUAGUUUUCCAGGUUGGGUCCACACUGUGCACUGGUUCUGUUCAGGCUAUUCUACUCCAAUUCCCUCACCCUUCCUCCCAAUUUUCCAUUCCCCCUGCAGUAGUCCAUGCCCACUGAAUAUGCUCAGUUCUCAUUGGGCUCCAAUGGUGAAUUUUUGCCCUCUCAGGGUCUCCCCCAACACACACUAGCUGUUUCCUUGCACUUUUCCAAAUCUAGUUAUCUCCAGCCUGCUGAGACCUUCCUCCUGAGGGCGAGUCAUGCUGUUUUGGUUAGGUAAGCUGCAGUGGAGGCUUGUCAAUAAGAGCAAAUGGGAUACUGCCCAACCAACCUCAGUGUCCCCUCAGUCAGCCCCCAGUCCAGGGGGUGGCUUCCCCCUCCUCAGUCUCAGUGUUGCCCUUGUAGAACUCAGAAGGGAGGAGGAUGGGGACAAAACUGGAAUUAGUUGAGUCCGCCUCUCAUUGGCUCUGGGCCUGCCUAUCAUUGCUUCUGGCUCCACCUACAAUUGCUCUCUUUGCCUUAUUCCCUACCAAUCCUGGUGGCAUCAGUCACCACAUUUGUACAGCUAAGUUUAUGACUAGAGAAGAGAGAGUGUGUGUAAUGAUUUUCCAGGACUGUAGGUGGCAGACUUCCUCUUAGAAAAAGUACUUAUCUCUCUGACUCCAACAAAGAUAAACCCUGCAGAGGUGGUUUUAGAGGCGUCCACAUUGGGUUUUGUGCUGCAGGGGGUGCUAUAACAAUGCUGUAGAAUGGUGCAUGAGAGUCAGGUAGUGCUGAAUUUAAGCAUCGCAUGGGGCACCGCUGAAAUUUGAGAGCCCAAGGUCUGCCACGGAAUCCCUCUUCUAACACUGGCUGCAUCAUCUAGAAACAAAGCAAGUGUGUUGGCUUUUCUUCAGAAGAAUCCCUGUAGAUUUAGCUGAAGGGUGAAUGAAAUAAUAAACAAAAGCACCUAUGAUGAGCCAAACUAACAGAUUUAGUUAGUCCGGUAACUAUGGAACUCUCUGCCACAGGCAGCAGUGAUUGCCACCAACUUGGACAGAUUUAAAAGAGGAUUGGAUAAAUUCACAGAGGAGAAGGCUACCAAUAGCUACUAGCCACAAUGGCUAUGUUCUGCCUCCUUGGGCAUAAGCAGUAAUGCUUCUAAACACCAGUUGCUGGAAACCACAGGAGGGGAGAGUUCUCAGGUCCUUCUUGUAGGCUUCCCAGUAGAGGCAUCUGCUAAGUCUCUGUGAAAACAGAGUACUGGCCUGGAAGGGCCCUUGGCCUAAUCCAGCAGGCAAUUCCUGCUUAUAUACAGGUAUAUAAACAAUGCAUCCCUGUGGUUGUUUCUUCUUGUGGUCUCUCACUUUCUCACUGCAGGCUUACGAAUCGGGAAAGGGGAAGGCUUUGCAGACCUGGAGUAUGCAAUGAUGGUCUCCAUGGGAGCUGUAAGAGAGGACACAGUAGUUGUCACAGCCGUUCAUGACUGCCAGGUAACAACAGCUACAUGGAACUGGGGCGACUUGCUACCCGGCAGGGUGGGGCUUCCUGGGCACUGGGCAAGAUCUGAGCUAGGAAACAAAUUUGAUGAUUUUGGUGUGAUAUGCAAAGUAAGCACUUUGCAGAAUUAAACUCCGCCCCUUCAGAUCACGGUCAGGGGCAGCGAGACAAGCGAAGCACCAAAUAUUGCCCUCCCCAGAAGCCUGCUGAUUUCCCAAAUUCAAUAAUCUCUUUGUAAAAGAAAAAUAUUUGGAUGCAAGAUCAACCAUGGAAGCAAAAACUAGAGGAGAUCAUGAGCCUCUGUGAUGAGGCAGGCAAUGGAUUUAAAUUUCAACUGAGCUAUUUGCUCUGACUGCAGUAUUUAUUCUAUUCUCUGGAUGGAACUCACUCCUGCAGGAGGCAAUGAUGAUCACCAACUAGAAUGGCUUUAAAAGAGGAUUAGACAAAUUCAUGGUGGAUAAGUGGUUAAUGGCUGCUAGAGCUGUGAUGAGUAUGCUUUGCCUCCACAGUCAGAGGCUUCUGAAUACCAGUUGCUGGAAAAUGGCAGGAGGGGAAAGCGCUCUUGUGCUAGUCCUGUUUGAGAGUUUCCUGUAGGCAUCUGGUUGGCCACUGUGAGAGCAGGAUGCUGAACUAGAUGGGCCAUUGGCCUGAUCCAGCAGGCUCUCCUUGCCUCCUUUAUGGUGCUAAAGGGCUCUGCAUUUGAAAGCCACCUAUGGACUGAUGAUAUUUUUCCUCCUGCUUAAUAAAGGUGGUUGACAUACCAGAAGAUCUGCUGGGCGACCAUGACCUAACUGUGGAUUACAUCCUUACCCCAACGAGAAUAAUCAAGACAGGGUGUAACCACCCCAAGCCACAAGGGAUCCUCUGGCACAAGGUAGGUGGCCUGUUCUGCAAUGAGCAGUUUGCUGGGGUGCUAGAGAGGCAUUUCAAGUGUCUUGCAGAAUUUGCAUUAGAUGUGCUAUAAAUGAAUAGGUUGUUGGUGACAACAACUAACUAUUAGCAUCACAGUCUGAGGAGUAGGGCUAGUGGGUUAGAUGCAAUGGUCAUCCUAUGCAGAUUAGACCCAUUCAAAUGAAUGGGCCUAAAUUAGUCACGUCUUCUGAUUUCAGUGGUUCUGCUCUGAAAAGGAAAAACACUGGGUACGGUCUAUUAUUUAAUUCAAUAUGGUAGCAGAAGGCUGGACUAGAGGAAGCAAAGAUAGCCCUAUGUGGGGGGGGUGGGCAGGGGGGAGUGUGACUUUCCAUAUUUAAGGUGGGCUGUUAUUUUUACCACCCACCAAGAAUAAAGCUAGUAUGUGGACAGACAUAUGGGUUUGUUGUUGUUUUAUAAAGUAUAUCAAUGUGUGGUUUUUAAAAAUUGAUUUGAUGUUUGCAUUCAUACAAAAUUUGAGAAGUAAAAUAAAUAGGAGGAAGAAGCACGAUAUUAGAAGACCAAUAACAGAACAACAAAUAAUUCAACCAGAGACAGUGAGCAGUUUAUUGAUUCAUACAAUCAUACGAAUAAACAAAAAAUUGCAUCACAAUAAUUAUUAUCCUGAUAUAAAUAUAAUACUUAUAAAUUCGUUAAUGUAGGUGGGGAAGUUGCCUGAGUAAUUCUGUUAAAAUUUUAAGUUAUUGCUAUUUAUUUAUACUAGUUGUUUAUAAUUUGAAGUAUGGGAAGAAUCGUUAUCAUACCAUCUCAUAACCGAAAAAGCGUUGCAGCUAAUCCUCCAUCUCCCCCCCACCCUGUUUGCCAUUCCAGAGUUUUUUAAACAUUGUACAUUCUUGUCUGAAUCUGUUUGUUUUCAUUGUUAAAUACUGCCAGGAUGUCUAGGAAUAGAGAGCAGCUCAGGAAUAUUACAGGCAGAGUGGGGUGGGGACAAGAAACAUCUCAGUUUGAAUCUUCAGGCUGAUUAGCUCAGGUGUGUUGCUGUGGUGCCCAUUGGCUCUGGUGGGGCGGAAGGCAGGGAAACCAACAGUAGGUGGAGCCAAUGACGGGCACCACUGCCCCCUGAUUGGUUGUAAGUAAGAAGGCAAUCUUGAAGCUGGUGGGUCAGAGCCCCAUUCAGCCUAAUGAACCAGCCUCCACUGUUGUGUUCAUUGCUUCAUAACAAAAGCACUGAGGGAUGGGGAGGGGAGCCUGCAGAUUUCUUUUUAUUUCCUUGUUUGUUUAAAAGUAUUUCAGCCUGCCUUUACCGCUGCAUAGCCCUGCAAGUGGUUUGUUGCAGAACCAAAAAUGGUUGCAGCAAAAGUAGCACGUCAGAAAGCAAUCAGACCAAAGGUCUAGCCCAGCAUCCUGUUCUCACGAUAGUCAACCAAAUGCCUGCGAGAAACCCACAAGCAGGAUUCAAGCACAAGAGCUGUCUCCCCAGUUUUGUACCCCAGGACCUGGUAUUCAGCAGUACAGGGCCUCUGACAGUGGACACAAAACAUAGCCAUUGCGACUAGCAGCCGUUGAAAGCCUUCUGCUGAACAAAUUUGUCCAGUCCUCUUUGAAGGUCAUCCAGAUUGGUGGCCAUCGCUGCUUCCUGUGGGAGUGAGUUCCAUAGUUUAACUAUGCACUACAUGAAGAUGUAUUUAAAAUUAUUUCCCUUGAAUCUUCCAACAUUCGGCCGAAUCGUCCAAUCCAAGUGCAAGAGCAGCCUCCGCUCCUGAGGUUUCCAUCAACUGCACCCAGAAGCUUUAUUGAGAGAGGGAUGAAAACUUCUCUCUUAGCCCCAUUAGCCACAAAACGUAAAAUUUUAUACACCUGUAUUUCUCCUUUUGUUUGCAGUGGGGAUUUUUGUGGGGUGGGUGGGGAAUAUCUAUUCGUUCUCCUUAUGUCUUUGCUCUCCCAUGGCGGCUGUUGUGGUCCCCCCCCCCACAACAACUCCAAAAUUAGUUGGCCAGAAAUGCAGCAAUUGCUGAGCUGAAGAGGAAGAUUACAACCCAAAUCUGCCUUUGCGAACAGAUGGCAGGACGAAAGGAAGCACAACCUUUGUCCCAAGGUAGAUCACAGGCUUUAAUCUCUCUCUCUCUCUCCCCUAGAUAACAGAGUUUUUGAUAUACAGUCUUCCCUGCAGACCAAUCCUGUCUGCUGGAGUGUGAAAAGCAACACAAGAGAUGAAAGAGUUCCUGGGUGGUGGGAGGGAGGGCGGCCUUUGCCAGAGCUAGGCAGAUCUUGCUUGCGAUUAGAAGUGGGGGAGCCAGAGAUGGCUGAGGAAGUUAUUUAUGGAGGUUGCAUCCUGACACUAGAUAUGGGAGCCAUCAAAGCAACAGGGAGAACUCCUAACACUAGAACUUGUGGACAUCAAAUGAAGCCGGUCACUGGAAGAUUCAGGACAGAUAAAAGGACUUCUCAUUUUUAAAGUUUGUUGGAAGCUGCCCAGAGUGGCUGGGGAAACCCAGCCAGAUGGGUGGGGUACAAAUAAAUUAUUAUUAUUAUUAUUAUUAUUAUUAUUAUUAUUAUUAUUGAUGCAGCAUAUAGCUGAACUUUUGAACUUGUUCCCACAGGAAGCAGUGGUGGCCACCAACCUGGCUGGCUUUAAAAGAGGACUGGACAAAUUCAUGGAGGAUCAGGCUAGCGUUGGCUACUAGCCAUGAUGUCAAUACUCUGCUUCCACAGUCAGAGGCAGCAGUGCCUCGAAUACCAGAUGCUGGAAACCACAGAAGGGGAGAGUGCUCUUGCCCUCGGGUCCUGCUUGCUGGUUUCCCACAGGCAUGUGGUUGGCCACUGUGAGAACAGGAUGCUGGACUAGAUGGGCUAUUGGCUUGAUCCAACAAACUCUUCUUAUGAAAAUUAGAAUUAUUCUGCUCUCUUUGUAUAUAUUUUGCUUGGUUUUUCAUCAUUGCUUCUGCUAAUGCUGGGAAUGGUUGAAGGUAUGGCUGCUAGUGGCAGGCAGAGGACACUCCCCCCCCCAACCCUGCCUGAAGUUAGGAGUUGUCUUCAAGAGAGAGCAGGGAGGCAAAUGAUUCCCAUGUCUUGAACAAGGAUCCCACCCUCCUCUUUUGCUGUUAUGACUUAGCUAAAUAAAGACUCCAAAUACAUAGAGAGAGGAGUUGGAUUUGACUCAAGAGGCAUUUAUUUGCAUUGGGUCCAGGAGUGAUCAGUGAUGUGAAAGUGGGUCUGGAGGGAGAACAACUCUCUUUGGACCAUUUAGCAGCGUGUUUGUGCAUUCCGCAAGGAAAUUUGACGAAAACCAACAGGAGGUUCUAAAUCGGGGCUCCAGGAGAAACAGAGCAAAUAAAAAACACUGUUCCAAGCCAGUUUGAUGUGCUUUGCAUAUGACGUCACCAAAUACUCUCCAAAGGGCAGUUUGCACAGCUGAAAAUGCUUUCUCUGGAAUCGGCAGAGAUGCUAUUCAAGCAGUGACAUUGUCCAGCAAUUGGCUGGAAGCUCCUUUUUUUUCAUGCCGCUAAUAAUUUGCCUGGGAGCGCUACUUUUAUUAGUCAAAAGCCAGUGUUGUAUAGUGGUUAGAGCAGGGGAAGCCAACGUGAUACUCCCCCAAAGUUGCUGGACUCAAACCACCCAUCAGCUCCCAGGCAGCAGAUCCAACAGUGAGGGAAUGAUGGGAGCUGUAGUUCAACAACGUCUGGAGGGCCACAGGUUUGGGAAGGUGGUCUGUCGGGCUAGAAGUUAAAUGCCCUGGGUUCAAGUUCCCACUCAACCAUGAAAUUCACUGGGCGACCUUGGGGCAGUUGCUGCUUCUCAACCUAACCCUACCUCAUAGGAUUGUUGUGAGGAUUUUUUUAAGGGUGUUGCGUAUCCACCACCUUGAGUUUCUUUGGAGAAAAGGCCAGGUAUGAAUGCUGUUUUUGUACUGUUUACAUUUUAAACUGCACAUUUAUCUCUUGCUAUUUUAAUCAGAGUUUCUCAAGCAAAAGGGGGCAGGGAGAUGGGUUCUUCUCUCUGAAAGAGCUUACAAUCUAAAUCAUAACUAAAGUGAAGGGUGAAGAGAAACUGUAUAAUAUUUUGUAAGUAAUGGAGUUGUAAGUGCUAUUGUGCAGACUAGAUCAGAGCCAGAAUGAAAGGUCUCUGAGCGUACCAAAGGAAAAACAGGUUAUAAGUGUUAUUAACAUGAACAGUGCUCUCCUCCUGCCCCCCAUCACAGCUCUAGCCACCUAGAAUGGGGGAGCCAAUGGGGAAAGCUGUGGAGGAAGGAUCCAGCACAGCACUGGAUCAUGCCUGGCAAGUCUGUCAGGACAACGUGCUGUAAUAUACGGUAAAUAGCCAACAUUGGUGAAAUGGGUAGUAUUUCUCAGCAGCAGCUUAGUCUUCACAGAUGCUAGGUGUGCUUUGUGUAUCUCUUACGUCAUCUGAUGCUACUGGCAGAACUGUGUGAUUGCCUGGUCUUGCGUUUUAAAGUUUGGGUUCGAUUUAAGGAGCAGGGGAACUAACUCUUCUCCAUGCUUUAGAUCAGUCACGAAAUGCUGGGGAAGAUCCCGGUCCUCAAGAACCUUCGCCACAGAGAGAAACAAGAAGGCAAGGAUGUUGCCCUCAAGGACGAACAGCGAGAUGUUCCAGCUGCUGACAAGCCAGUGAGAGUUGCCAAGAAGAGCAGACCUGAAAGUAGCAGUUUCCAGGAUCAGGCCAGCCUGUCCCAAGCAAGUCCAGAAGGUGGGGCAUCACCAGACAGCUCUCCCCUCCCUGAUUCACCUGUCGCUGUGUAUGUGGGCAGCAUUCCUCAAGGGACCAGAGUGGGCGAGUUAAAGGAUGCCCUGAGACAGUGCCACGCAACCCCUGCAAGACUGACAUGGCAAGGAGCACAACACCGGGCGUUUCUCAAUUACAGUGAUAAAGCCACAGCUGAUGCUGCUGUUGUGGCUCUACAGGGCUUAAGCCUCCAUGGUAGUCCACUGAGAGUAGAAUUUGCCAGGAGCCAGCUGAGCAAAACAAGAAGCAGGCCCAGGUGAAGCUGAAUGGACAAGAAGGUGCAGAUCUGGGUACAACAAUGGAGUACAGCGUGCUUGAAAGGUUUUCAGGGUUGGGUGAUCUUAUCGAUCUUGGAGGCUACUUCUUUGGACAGGGACCCUGAGUCUUCACAAAAAUAACUGGUAUUUUAAUGAAUGCCGAGGCUUUAGAACAGAUUUUUUUUUAGCUACUCCAGAUGUUGGAUUCCAACUCCCAUCAGUCCCAGUUAGCAUAGCCAGCACUCAAGGAUGAUAGGAGCUGUAGUCUAGCAAAUCUGGAGGGCCAUGGAUUCCCCACAAGCUACUCAAAGCUACAUUACCCAGAAUCUUCAGCAGGGGGCAGUGUCAGGGCUUGGUCUACAUGGCAGAACCAAUGAGUCUGCCGUCUCUGCAUGUUCCCUUAAGUAGAGAACUAGCACAUCAAGAAUAGUUCUAACCCAGCCCAUUCCCUGUUUGCUAGCUUUAUGCUGACAGGGAGGUGUUUUCUUUCAGUUUUUAAAGAUGGUGGAGCAGGCAAAGAUGUGAUACGCUCCAUCACCACAGACAGAGAUGGAGAAGUCCCUUCUAGCAUAUCACUGCUCUUGACACCUUGUACUUCUGCUGGUAUAAAUCAGUUUAAAUCACUUUGAAUUAACCAUGUAAACAUACAUUCUUUGGAGAAACCAUUUAGACCACUUUGUGCAAAUUCUAUUUGGCCAUGGUAUUGCUUGAUGAAUCAAAAUUAUACGCACCUGCCCAGCUCUCUGCUGCUGCUCCCUUUAUAUCCAUUUGCUAUUUUGCUGCAUUCAGAUAUGCAUUAUAAUACUUGAUAUUUGAGUACAACUAGGGGUGGCUUGCUACUGCAUUAGAGCUCCCAUCAUCCCUGACUAUUAGGCCAUGCUGGCUGGGGCUGAUGGAAGUGAGAGUCCCACAAUAUUUGGAGGGCCGCAGGUUCCCCAUUCCCUUAUGAAAGAGGGGAAUGCCUCUUCUGAAUAGAGGCAUUCUUCUGUCUCUUCCAGGCAGCAGAGAAUGCUGCUUUCGAAAUGAGGGAUAGGGGACCUUGUGUUGCUGGACUACAAGUCCCACCAUCCCUGACCAUUAGCCAUGCUAGCUGGGGCUGAUGGGGAACGUGGUCAGACAACCUCUGGAGAGCACCAGGUUCAGAAAGGAUCCUCUGUGGGGAAGAGUUGAUGUGAAGAGUACAUUUAGAAUGCAUGUGCACAAAUGCCUUUUACAGAAUAAAACUAAUCUCUUGGAUUUCCCCUCCCUCUCUAAUUGUAUGUUUCUUUGCUUCCUGAAAAACUGGUGGGAUUGUGGCUGAACCUUUUUUUCCUAAACAGAAGCUCUUUUGCAGCCAAUCUCAGGCAAAAAGUCAAAAUAAGCAUUGUGAUGUUCUCUUUCUUUGAAAAAGAAAAUACAAGAGUUGGGAAUAUUUUUCAUAGCUCCAGGAUGUACUCUUAAGUAUAUUUUAAGCCCAUUAUGAUGCCCCAAGAGAGGCAGACCUUUCAGAAAGCAUUAAAGAAAACCUUUUCAAGGUUGUAGAGUUGCUUUCUGGGCAAAAUCCCACAGCCUGUUCUGCCUUCUCUUUUUUGCAACCCCCCCCCCCCCUUUUUGCCUUAGGAAAACAAAAGCUAAAAGCAAUUAUAUUGAUGCCCUGCAACAGUUUGAAAGAAACCAACACAAUGGGAAAAUGCCUCUUCCCUUCCCUUCUUUUUUCCCCAAGAGCUUGAGCACUAGGAAUGUAGGAAGCUGCCUUAUACAGACUCAGACCAUUGGUCCAUCUACCUCAGUGUUGUCAACACUGACUGGCAGCAGCUCUCUGGGAUUUCAGGAAGUUCCUUUUCCAGUCCCGCUUAGAGGUGCCUAGACUCAAACCUGGGUCCUUCUGAGUGUAAAGCAGUUGCUGUGUCUCUGAGCCACUGCCGCUCGCCAUAUUAUACUACAAGAGCUUAUGGCUUACAUCCAGGGUUCUCAUCCUAUACAGAGGAGACCCAUUCAAAAUAAUGAGUGUAGCUAACUCUGAAGUUGUAAUUAAACUAAGUUGUAUUCAGAGUUAGCCACCUACUCCUAGGAUAGGGAACAUGUGACCCUCCAGAUGUUGUUGGGUCUCCAAUUCCCAUCAGCCCCAACCUGUAUAGCUAAUGGGCAGGGAUGGUAGGAGUUGUAGUUGAACAAUCUCUGAAGAGCCACCCCUCCCUGGAAUAAUCCAAAGAACUGUCCUGUGUGAGCUCCAUGCAUCGAAAGGGGCUUCUAUCCUGCUCUUCUUAAAUAGUAACACCAUCUUUCCAUGCCGCCCUGCAGAUAUCGCAUUGCAAGCUUCUUUGGAAAUUCUGCAAAAUUUCAAAUGUAAUUUCUGAUGCAGUGGGAGAUGUUCAGAAGAUGGGAACCAACAUUUUUCUUGAGUGUGGUAAACACAUACCACCUCCGCCCACUUUAAGUACCGGUAAUUCUUUGGGUUGGGGACCAUGGUUUCCAAAAAGCAUGGUGAUUUUCAAGUCAGAUGAUCCAAAGGAUGGUCCCUUUCCUGUUCUAUGCACUGGUUUUUUAAUCUAUGGAAACCUCUGUGGGGAAUAAAAAUAUAGCUAAUCAGCCAGGAAAAUAGAAAAUAAAAUUGCAACAUUGUUUAAGCAAAUGAUUUUACCAAUUAAUAGCCUGUGGGUUGAGUAAAAUUGGAGUCCCUGGUGGAGAGCAGGUGUGUAUUUUUGCUUUCUUUUUAAUUUUAUUUCCCUAUAAAUAGAAUAAACAAAAUGGUGAAAUAACUUGCAUACAGUGGUACCUCUGGUUACAAACUUAAUUCGUUCUGGAUGUCCGUUCUUAACCUGAAACUGUUCUUAACUUGAGGUAUGACUUUAGCUAAUGGGGCCUCCCGCUGCCGCCACGCCGCCACCACACGAUUUCUACUGUCAUCCUGAGGUAAAGUUCUUAACACGAGGUACUACUUCUGGGUUAGCGAAGUCUGUAACCCGAAGUGUUUGUAACCUGAGGUACCACUGUAUAUGAGAGUAUGUGGAUAACGCAUUAUCCAAAAUAUUGACUUAGGCCAUUAAAAUACAAAUUUUUGGUAGAAUACAAAACAUAAAAUAAAAACAUCCAUGUAGCUAUGAUAUAGUAGCCUUUCCAGUAUCUGAGAAAGGUGUGGUAGUGGUUUUUCCCUAUUGUGAAAUGGUAUCAGCAUUGACAACUGCGUUUCUUACUUCCUUGCAGGUAAGAAGGCUAUAAUGUGCGAGGAAUAGAGAUAUUGUUAAAAAGAUAUUGCAGCUAAGUUCACCAGAUGGCAGGAGAAUGUGGGUUGUUCAUUUUCUGGGACACUGGCAUAGCAUACAUUAUGAAAUCAAACCAGACAGAAGUAAAAUUGUAUUUCUUAUUUUGUCCCCAGCACAUCCUUAAUCUGUUUGUCAGUCUUUCUAAGAGAGCUGUUUCCCACACCAAUUUGUACCAGUUAAUUACCAUGUGGUGCUUAAAGCUUGCCACUGUCCCUGCCUUAUAAACAGCAUGUAGAAAGGUAUUCCAGAUGGUGGGUGCAAUUUUGACCAUUGCCCAUGUUGACUGGGGCAGAUGAGAGCUCACCAAUAACUGGAGUGCCACAGUCUUGCAAAAGAGAAAAGAAAAAUACCUUCCUCUUGUUUUGGUAAGAAUUUUAACAGUUGCUAUAUUAAGAGCUGGUUGCCUUCAUAGAUGAUUUCUAUGACUUUGGACUGUUUCAUUUACAGAAAGCAAAGUUUUCAUCUCCAAAAGGAAACAAUCACUCAAGUUGUUGAUAUAUGGGAGUCAUUCUUUGCUGCUGCGUGUAAACAGGCACAGCAAUUCCUAUUGUACAUAAACUCCUGGUUCCUUGCAGAUCCCCAGGGAAGCAUUAUUAUAUCCUGCUUCUUCCAGGUGUGGCUUUGCUUGCUGACCAUUAGAUUUGGAGAGCUUUUCACAGAAAGGAGUAUAUCCCAAUACCUUGGGGCUAUUUCUGGCAUUUCAGGAUUCAUUUCCAUUCCAAACAGCAAGGGGACUCAAAAUAUGAAGUGCCAGGAAAUGGAGGGAAAACUCCAGAAAUACUUCUUCUUCUUUUUUUAAGAAACCUAAAUGAAUUGUCAUAAUAUGAUUUAAGAGCAAAUGUCUGCCUGGCUAAAAUUCACCAACAUGUCCCCGUUUUGAGGAACGUCCUUGUAAAUGCAUUUACAAAAGUGUCAGCAUCAUAAAGGUACACAGGUCCUUACCUUUAAAAUAAUAAAUCUUUUUUAUAAAAUAAUAAAUCUUUUUUAAACACUUUAUGGCUAGAACUCUAUGCAGGUUUGCUCGCUUUCAAAUAAACUUGCAUUGGAUCAGCUGGUAAGUUACAGAGUUUUCCAAAGUCACUCACUUCUUAGCAGUCAUAAAUUCCAUGAGUGGCCAGGAGGUAGCGCAAUUGGUGCAUCAAACAUCCAUUGAAAUCUUAGGCCAUGCAUCUCCGCACGGUUUUUAAGCGUCUAUCUUUCCCUCUCCUACAUUCCCCAGUUUGUUUGGUUUUAUGUUUACGGUUUUUAUAUUUUAUGGUCUGUUUUACUGGUAACCACCGUCAGUACUCUUUGGGGUAGAAAAGUAAGUUAGACGUUAUUUAAGUAACCAAAUAAAACUGAUCAUAAAAAGUCAUACUAAUUGAGAGGUUUGGUAUGUGGGCAUGAGGGGGGGGGAGCAGGGAACAGGGAGCUAUGGUCUAAGUAAUGUUCCAAGGAAACAUCGGAAAGGGGGGGUCCAAAAAUGUGAUACAGUACUGAAAUUGUGCCAGAUUUUGAAUUCAGUAAGAAUUAAAUAUCUGCACCUCUUGAUUAGUGUGUCUCACUGCUGACAUAACCAUUUCUCCUUGAUUCCUCCCUCUGAAUUUUAACAAGGACUGAUGCAGGCUGUGGUGUAUACCUUGUAGAGCUGUGGUAUUCUGAAUCAACACAUCAGGGCCUCAUCCAGGCCCUGCCCCAAGCUAUAUUUACCUUUUACCUUGAAUGUUUAUCUUGCAAACCGCCAUGAGAUCUUAAGAUGGUGAUACGUGUCU